CCCCGCCCCGCUCCAGCGGCCGCCGGCGGCAGCCGAGCCCCUGCCGUCUUCACCAUGUUGCCCGCCCGCGGCUCCGAGGCGGCGCCCUACAGCUACUGCCGCCAGCCCCGCGCCCUGCCCGCCCGGCCGAAGUACCGAGCGCGGCCGGAUGCCGCCGAGCAAGAGAAGGAACCUGUUCGCUACGCGAACCUCAUGUAUGACAGGAGAGUGGUGCGCGGCAACACUUACGCCCUGCAGCUCGUACCUGCGAGUACGCAACCGGAUCCCCUUGAAAUUCAAAGGCAGAGGGAAGCACGGAGAAGAGCUCUGUCCCGAAAACGAGCAAAAGAGCAGAUGCAGCCAAGAACACCCGAGCCUGUGGAAGGCAGAGAGCAUGCUCAUGUGCAGACAGAGCUGUAUUUGGAAGAAAUUAGUGACCGGAUAAUAGAGGUUGAUGUGGAGUGUCAGAUAGAUGCAUUUCUGGACAGACCACCCACUCCCCUCUUCAUACCAGCCAAAACAGGAAAAGAUGUGGACACACAGAUAGAAGAAGGAGAGCUCUUUGACUUUGACAUUGAAGUCAAGCCAGUGCUGGAAGUAUUGAUUGGAAAGACUAUUGAGCAAUCUUUGCUGGAAGUUAUGGAGGAAGAAGAGCUGGCCAACCUGCGGGCACAUCAGUGUGCUUAUGGAGAGCUGCGUAACGCAGAGCUCGCUGAGGUACAGCGCCUAGAAGAGCAGGAGAGGCGAUACAGCGAGGAGAAGGAACGUCGCAAACGCCAGCAGAUGCAAGUGCUGCAAAAACAGAAAGAGACCACAGAGAAAAUUGCAGCUCGGGCAUUUGCUCAGCGUUACUUGGCUGAUCUCAUUCCAUCAGUCUUCGACAGUCUUCGUGAGAGUGGGUAUUUCUAUGACCCUAUAGAGAGAGAUAUUGAGACAGAAUUCCUUCCGUGGCUGAUGACAGAAGUGGAAGAAGCAUUGGAGAAGAAGGUUCUGGGGAGGACAGUGCUUGACUCCUUGAUUCGUACAGUGGUUGGAAAACACUUAGAUGCAUUUAGUCAGCUCUCUGAUCAGACAGAAGUACAUGCCGAGGAGCCAACGUCAACAGACACAGCCUCACAGCCGGCUGGUCUGACAGAAGAUGCCAGCCCACCGGCUGUACAGGAAGAGAUGACUGACCAACCUGUUGUUGAGGAACAAUUUUUGCCUCGCAUCUCUCUUCAGUUAGAGGAAUCAGAUCAAGCAGAAAUGGAGGCUUUUGAAGCUGAGGAACAAGGAGGAGACACACCAUAGUCUGGAGGACUGCCAUGGAUCACUUUUGAAAAGAUUCAAGCAAAUGCUGACUUGACUAUUUGUUUUUUAAAAUGUUACAAGGUGGGAAGUGGUCACCUGGAAUAUUUUCAUAUUUGUCUCUUCUGCUUUGUGUUUUAUUGCUAGAAAAUUUACUUAGUGUUGAAUUAUUCUCUUUAAACACUUUGCAGUAUUUAAUGCUGCAAUCUCUGUAAAAUUAUAUUCUUAAAUUAUUGUAAAAAGAAUUAAUGAAUUGCGUGCACUACAUUUUUACUUCAUUAGAAUUUAUGAAGACAACACAAGCAAGACAACACAACAAAUCACAUUAUAGUGUAACGGUUGUACUUUUGGGAAAAGAAAGUGUUGUUUAUAAAUAGGGUUUUAAUAUAGUCUUUCUUUCCAGUCUGUGACCUGCAAUGAUC